AUGCCACCCAUUACAGUGCCAUGCUGUGCGCCAUACGUCCCCCCAGUGUUCACCACCAACAGCAAAGACGUGAUUUUCAAAGUUGGCCAUGGUAGUGAAUGUAAGGAGUUUGAAGUGGAAGCGGCGCUCGUGCGGGCUUGUCCUGGAUGCUUCCGCGAUUGGCUUAAAAAGAACCAGAAGAACCCAAACAAGGAAAUGGCAUUACCAGAUGAAAAGCCAGCAGUGUUCUCGGUUUUUGUUGCGUUUCUGAAGACUGGCACGAUUGUCAUCCCCUCCGACGACCAUGAUACGAAGGACGACACGGAUGAAGGCAGAAGCGAAGACAUAGAUAAAGACAUGAAUGAUGACGUAUACGAAGAGAGAAACAGCGACACGGACGACCCACACACCAACACGUAUAUCGACGAAGGCACACAAACCCCCGCCAUCCACAUGCUCAUUCCGCUAUUCACCUUCGCCAAAGACCAUGUCAUCCUCCCCCUUCAUAACGCCAUUCUCUCCACCAUCAUCACCACCACGUCCAUAACCCCCCUCCACACCAUGUACGCAUUCAACCGCCCCGCAUACGACGCUACAUCGCACCCCUCCCCCCUCCGCGAUCUUCUCAUCUGCACCAUCCUCGCGAUCGGCAGCGCCUCAGAAAUGCAAACCAGGCUAGACAUUGUCCCCAAGGAAUUUCUGGCAGAUUGUUUGGGAUUGGCGGCCGAGGUGGAAGGCGUACCUUUUCAAGAGGGAGGCAGACUGGGGAAGCAGGGAUGGUUGGCGGAUAAGGCGGAACGAGUUUGUGCCCAGUACCAUGAUCAUCACGACAGGGAUUCGGAUACGGAUACGGAUGAUGGUAGGAGUGGAAGGAGGCAUAGUCCUAAUCCGAGGGUUUGGCAAAGGUUUUUAGGAAGGGCAAGUAUGAGGAGAGGAAAGGGGUGGCGUAAUGGACCGAGGCCUGGGAGUGGAAUGGUUGGAGGACGAGGUGGGUAUGGAAGAGGUGGGGGGAGGGGAAAGAGCGAGGAGGACGAGUGGAGUUUGUCUGACGAAGUAGAAGACAAAGAGGAUGAUGAGGGGGUUAGGGAAAUGAAGAGGCUAUUCCAGGAGGAGUCUGAUGCGAGGAUGAGGGAUUUGCUAAAGCCCUUGCCGCCGAGAGAGCGGUACUAG